CACCAUGUUCCAACGCGAUCCCAGAGCUGGUGCUUUUCUCGGGGGCGACCGUGUUUCUGGCCAAGAUAUUCGAGAUCAGAAUGUCAUCGCCGCCUCGUCCAUCGCCAACAUCGUAAAAAGUUCCCUAGGUCCUUUGGGACUGGACAAAAUGUUGGUCGACAACAUUGGAGAAGUGACUAUAUCGAACGACGGCGCAACCAUUCUUGGUCUUCUUUCAGUCGAGCAUCCAGCUGCUCGCAUUUUCGUCGAUUUGGCUCAAAAGCAGGACAAGGAGGUUGGAGAUGGAACGACUUCCGUCGUCAUUGUCGCUGCCGAACUUCUGCGUCGCGCCAACGAGCUCGUAAAAGCCAAGAUACAUCCCACCACCAUCAUCACCGGUUACCGUCUUGCAUGCAGGGAGGCGGUAAAGUUCAUGCAGGAUCAAUUGAGUGUGAAAGUGGACGUGCUGGGACGGGAGGCCUUGAUCAAUGCUGCGAAGACGAGCAUGUCAAGCAAGAUCAUCGGAAAUGACGACGAUCUCUUUGCACCCAUGGCAGUUGAUGCUAUGCUCGCUGUGAAGUCGAUCAACCUUCGCGGGGACAUCAAGUACCCCGUCAAGGCAGUCAACGUUCUGAAGGCUCACGGACGCAGUGCUCGAGAAUCUUUGUUCGUCCAGGGAUAUGCUCUCAACUGCACGGUUGCGAGUCAAGCUAUGAAGAAGCGGAUCACGAACGCGAAAAUUGCAUGCCUGGACAUCAACCUGCAGAAGCAGCGUAUGCAGCUGGGUGUCCAAAUCCUUGUCGAUGAUCCCAAUCAGCUAGAAGAUAUCAGGAAACGGGAGGCCGAGAUUACCUUGGAGAGGAUAAGGAAGAUCCUAGCAGCCGGCGCCAAUGUUGUGUUCACGACCAAGGGUAUCGAUGACCUCUGCCUCAAGGAGUUUGUUGAAGCUGGUGCCAUGGCUGUCCGGCGCUGUAAGAAGGAGGACCUACGCCGGAUCGCCAAGGCUACUGGUGGUACACUCAUCUCCAGUCUUGCCAACCUCGACGGAGAGGAAACGUACGAGGCUAGUUACCUGGGCACGGCGGAGGAGGUUAUCCAAGAGCGUAUCUCGGACGACGAGCUCAUACUGGUCAAGGGCACCAAAGUUGUGAACUCUGCGUCGAUCAUCCUACGAGGUGCCAACGACUACAUGCUGGACGAGAUGGACCGUGCGCUUCACGACACGCUGUCGGUGAUCAAGCGCACACUGGAGAGCGGCUCUGUCGUUCCUGGCGGAGGUGCCGUUGAAUGCGCUCUGAGCAUCUAUCUGGAAAACUUUGCUACCACGCUAGGAUCGCGAGAGCAAUUGGCGAUCGCAGAGUUUGCAAGCGCUCUGUUGACGAUUCCCAAGACCCUUGCUGUCAAUGCCGCCAAGGAUUCGACCGAGCUCGUUGCCAAACUGCGGUCGUUCCACAAUGCGGCUCAGAAUGCUCCUGCGGGCGAUCCCAAGAAAGUCCUCUUGCGAUACGGCUUGGAUCUGAUGAGUGGCGAUGUGCGAGACAAUGUGGCUGCGGGUGUGCUGGAGCCCACUAUGAGCAAGGUGAAAAGCUUGAAGUCGGCAUACGAGGCUGCUGUCUCUCUCCUGCGGAUUGAUGAUGCCAUUCAGUGUGUCCCAGAACAAAAAGGGGAGCCUGAUCCUCAUGGCCACUAGAAUAGGAUUACUUAGUGUAUCACAUCGAGUGUAAUUUCGAAGAAGAACAGAGCAGAACAAAGAUUCCAAUUUAUAAAAGCAAUCAGCAUCG